AUGGCGCUCUUUUCUAAGCGUUUGACCUGCCACGGUUGUGGGCAUCGCUCUCCCCAGCCAGUCCGUGGCUCGAUCGGCAAAUUUCAUUGCAAUCAUUGCGACGCCGAUACCUAUCUUGACCAGAAUGGAGAAAUUACAGAUCCUCCAGUAGCGGAUACAAACCCAGCAGGCGUCUCAAGUCCGCGUUCCGAGCCAGUCGAUUCAAUAGCCAGAGGCUCCGAUCUCUUUUGCUCCCAAUGCCUUCGCAACCAGCACCUGCUCACAAGCUCCUUGGCAAACUACUCGGAAGCCUCCGAAGACCCUAAUCAACCCGAUGAAGAGCGUCGCUAUGAGGAGUUCCGCAAAACAAUGGAAGACCAGUACCCACAAGUAUGCGAUGCUUGCGAGUCUCGUGUGGUGCAGCGCAUUCGCCAAGCCGGCUACGAAGCAAAAGCCGAUCACCUCCGACGCAUGAUGGAUCGAAGCAGAGCCAGCAAAGCUGCAAGGAGGGAGAGGAACUGGGGUUGGCGCAGUCUUUUGGUUUAUGCGGGCGCCCUUGGAUACUGGGGUAGUGUGGGUGGUCAACUUGCAUGGGACGCAAUGAGCGCUUUGACUGGCUCCGAUCCCUGGAUACAGGAUGGCCCUUUGGACAACCCACCAUCAUUGUUGUUUUGUGGGAGACAGGCAUGGGAAACUCGGCGCAUCCCUAGCGAGUGCUCCUUUGACUUAGCACCUUUCGCAGGCCUCGCGCUCGUUGCAGGCUGUUUAUCCCUAUGGUGGAACCCCAAGUUACGUAUGAAGGUUGAUGGGAAAAGCGGCAGAUUUGUUGGUUUGUCGGAGUACUACAAGGGUCAACUCGUUGUGUUGGUGGCGCGCUGUGUAUUCUGGGCUCUGCUCAAAGACCCGUCUUCAAGUGGCCUCAAACCCAACUUGCCCCCUGCUCUGCAUAUGUUCAUGAUAAUGUUUACUGUUCUGUCUGUCGUGAUUUCCCGUCAAGUCGUACGGUACGAUGCUCGCCCUCUGGUUAAUUGGGCGGACCACUCUUGGGAGACGAGAGUUCGAAGCCCCGGAUCUUCUCCUGCGCCAGUUGAUCGUGGGCAACCACAGACCAACUCAGCAAAUGUCAACAAUAAACCAGCUGCCCCGUCUUUUCCAAUCGGGAAGCUGGCUUCGCCUCUGCCCCCUGCGAAGACAUUGCCCGCCGUUCCUCCUACGCCUCCACCUGUAGCCGAGGACAUGGAUUGGACUCCCUCUGCUCCGCAAAACAUUCGGCCGACUGUGAGCGUGACUCAACGAAAUCAGCCAUCGAUUUUCGAUGGUCCUUCGCCAUUCUACGGCAAUCUACCAGCUGCUCCGAAACCUCCGGCAUGGAAUCUUCGCACUCAACAAUCGACCAAAUCUAUUGAGCAAGUUGUUCAACCUAAUCCAUUCCACCGAAGUCCAGUCCAGCCGUCAAACAUGCUAGAACAGAACCAUACAAAACCAGAACCCAUCUUCCAAGCCCCAAAAUUCUUUCCACAGGCUGAUUACAACCAAAUGACCGGAUUGGAAGCCCUUUUCGAAGACACUUUCGACAUUAACAAGGAUGCGCCAAAGAGAGACCGAAGCCAGCCAGAGCGCGGCCAAGAUCACUCUACCAAUCCUCUUCAAAGCCACCUCGUAUAUCAGUACCUCCGGCUGGGGCUUUUGCUGGGCUCUAUGGCUGGAUGGACCUUUUCUCAGAACCACGAGCUCUCAAUUCCAGGGAAUUAUAUCGAGGCCAGUGCUCUGGGCAGCGCCAGCCUGAUCGCCGGGUUUGCUCUUUUGGAAGCAGUCAAGAGACCCAUGGUUCAUUGGAAUGGAAUGGAAAUUUUGGUUUAUCUUACUGAACUUGUCGCCGCUGUACACCUGGGGAGUCAUUUGCCCGAGGCCGCUUUUGAGCGCGCCUACUUCGAUCGGUACGGAAAGUUGCUGCUGGUGUUUAUGACCGUCCAAGAGUUUUUGGGUCUCCUGUCUUUCCACCGUGCAAUGCCAGCUGCCGGUGUACCAGAAGCCCAACAUCCCACAAGACCUUUCUUGCCUCAAUCUGGGUCACCACAGCACCGGUCGCCAGCACCCGGUGCUAUCACCCGGUCCUCGGUCGAGUCUCCGCCCAAUAGGUCUCCAGUGGCAACGUCCUUUGACUCGCAGCAACCCGCACCCCUCCCAUCCUUCUCUCAACGGACCGCACCUUCUCUGUCUUUUGGCUCCUCCGAUGGAGCCUCCAAUUUCUCUUCGACGCUACCUGAUGUGCAGAACUACGGACUUUCCUCGUCUCGGUCCUUCAAUGCCUUUCCCACGAAGAACCCCCACAGCUUCACGAUGAGCGACCUUAGAGCAAGCGACCCACCAUCAGAUUUCGAGCAAGAUUCGGACAAUGAGACCGUUGCCACCACGGCAACAAACAUGACCAAUGCUACGAACCACAACAUCAGAAACAUGGGCCUUAACUCUGCAUUUUCACCACGAAGAAGUGAACUUGGUCCCGGAAUCGGCGGUCUGAGUUUGGAAGAUCGCCCUGCUCCUCGUCGCAUGACGCGCAGCCAAACCCAGCAAGGCUUGGGAAGCCGAAGGCUCACAGGCCGUCCUACCAGAUAA